AUGGGAUGGAUCUGGCUUACUUCUCUUGGUCACAGUCACGAAAGCGGCCUUAUCCACGCUGAUUCCCAACUUCAACGAUUUCUUCUGCAAAACAAGAAAAAGCUUGAUGAUUCCUUUGUGAUCAUCAUGGGAGACCAUGGACUUCUUAUGGGCAAGACAAUAUCCAUAUCUGCCUAUGUACCUGAAGAAGUCACGAAAACCUAUCAAAUUGCGGUAAAAGCUAUGCCGCCAUGUGAUGGAGAGUUUAAGGCAGUUGUACGUCAAGUGAAUGAAAAUUUCGAGAUGGCUUCGGCAUCCAUUGACCGGCUUGAUCGCUAUGGAAAUAACGGAGAUUGCAUUGAAAGCGGCUUUAAACAUCUUUGUCAUUGCAAAGCGGUCAAGAAAGAAAAGGAUAAGAAGAAAGUUAACAAAGAGAAGUCGGCUAACUAG